GCCUCCCCAGCCGCUGGGUGAAGGAUGCUGCUUGAAGACUCUGCGGAUGCAGCUGCGGAGCCAGACAGAUUCAACCGGUAGACAAACAUUCAAAUCCUGCUUUGCCUUGACAAGCACUGAGUCACAGAUGAGAAUCCAAAGUUGGCCUUGAUGACACCCCCCUGAGGGCUUUCACAGAGCAAGAUGGUGCUGGACUCGGGGCCGCAGUCCUAUCCACAGCAGCAUCCCAAUGAUUUUGGCAACGGCCUGCCACAGAGGAGAGGUGGGAAGAAGGGCUCCCCGUGUAAUGGACUGCGGCUGUAUCCGUUCUUGUCCCCUUCCCUUUCCCUGGAGUCAGACUCUUCCAGCCCAGCACGAACCACCCGGCCACCCUCAAAAGCCAGCUGCCUCCGAAACCCUGAGCCCAAACCACCACUGAACUUCUGCCCCACCUUCCCAAGUCCUUGCAGCUGGAUGCGCCGGAGUGAAAGCACAUGCGCGGUGAAUCGAAGAGACCGGGCUCGAGGUCAGAUCCGCAGCGCUGCAUCCCUACCUCACCUCCCCAAAGCCAAGGCCGUGGGGCCUAGUAGCAGGAAGAGCCCUUGUUUGUUGGUCGCCCUGAGGCCUGUGAACAUCGAGGCGGAGAGGGAGAAGUUCUUCCAAUCGUGUUACUCCUAUAACCCUCAGUUUCAAUAUGAAGAGCCGCUUCCUGAAGCAGUUAUAGAAAAGUACAAAGAGGCCUCUGGCCAAUUUAUUUCACAGGCGAUCGGAAUCAUUAAUGCUGUCCUGGAGAAGUACGGAACCUACGAGAGCUUUGAGGCAACAAAUGGUGGGAAGCUGCUCAGCAAAUGCCAGAUCUGGUCCAUCAUCCGGAAGUACAUGCAAAAGGAAGGGUGUUCUGGAGAGGUCGUGGUUCAGCUCACUGAAGAUCUGCUUUCCCAAGCUGUGAUGAUGGUGGAGAACAGUCGGCCAACUCUAGCCAUCAACCUUUCUGGAGCCCGGCAGAACUGGCUGGAAGGCAUGUUGCGUCACGAAAUAGGUACUCACUACAUCCGUGGUGUCAACAAUGCCCAUCAGCCCUGGCACAGCUUGGAAGGCCGCAAACAGUAUGGCCUUAAACCUGCUAACCCAACUGAGGAAGGGCUGGCGAGCUUGCACAGCGUCCUCUUCCGUAAGCAGCCCUUCCUGUGGAGGGCAGCCCUGCUCUACUACACCAUCUACCAGGCCAGCCACAUGUCCUUCUGUGAACUCUUCCAAGACCUGGACCGCUAUGUGCAGGAUGUAGGAGUGCGGUGGGAGUAUUGCGUGCGGGCCAAGCGAGGACAGACAGACACUUCCAAGCCAGGAAGCUUCAGUAAAGAUCAAGUAUACCUGGAUGGAAUUCUGCGCAUCCUGAGACACCGGCAAACUAUUGACUUCCACUUGUUGGCUGCUCUGGGGAAGGUCUCCUAUGAAGACAUUGAUCACCUCAAGAAAUUUGGGGUACUGGACAAGACCCGGAUCCCCCACUUCAUGCAGGACCGUGAACGGUACAACCAGCUGCUCGAUCACAUCGUUACAACCAACUGCCUCAAGGACGAAGAGCUGGAGCAGCUGCUCCCAGACUGAGCAGGGCUCCCGCAGUGGAGAACUACUACACAGGAUGGGCUGUGCUGCGAUUGGGAAGCCUUCGGUCCCAGCAAAAGAUUGUGCUGUUGGAUUGUGGCUUGUUGAAAACAGUUCCGUGAUUCCGAGCGUAGCGCUUUUUAAUUUAUUCUUUAUUUUGUGGAUGUCUCUAGUUAAGUGUUAGAGGGCAGUGUCUGGGCUGUGCCAUUGUCCUCCGGCUAACUAAAGCAAGACCUCUGUGGCUUCCUGUUGAGGGCUUCAA